GCUGCUUCUACCAGGGCAAGGAGCUGCCCAACGGGGAGCAGUUUGCGGACCCCCAAGACCCCUGCCGCCUCUGCUCCUGCUGGGAAGGGAGCGUCAGCUGCAAACUCAAAAGUUGCCCUCCGGCCGAGUGCCCCUUCCCGGUGCCCGGGCCUUGCUGCAAGAGCUGUGAAGGGUGCGAGUACGUCUCCCAGCGCUACCUGAGCGGGCAGGAGUUCCCGGACCCCCAGGACCCCUGUGGUCUCUGCUCCUGCCUGGACGGCUUCAUCACCUGCACGAAGAAGCCCUGUUUCCAGGCACCCUGCAGCCACCCUCUCCGGACGUCCGGCCGGUGCUGUCCUACCUGCCAGGACUGCGCCUUUCAUGGGGUCACCGUUGCCAAUGGCCACUCCGUCCCUGAUCCAGCAGACCCUCUCUGCUCUGAGUGCACCUGCCAGGUGGGCUCAGUCAAUUGCAUGAAGAAGCUCUGCACGCCUGCCAGCUGUGCCCACCCGGUGCCUGGCCCAUGUGCCUGCCCCCUGUGCCAGGGCUGCAGGUUCCAGGGUCAGGACUACGGAGAUGGAGAGAGCGUCGCUUCCCAACACCAGCCCUGCGAGGAGUGCCAAUGCCUGGCAGGAACGGUGACAUGCCAGCCCAAGCCUUGCCCACAUCAGUGUGCCCACCCCGUGCCCCUCGCCCGGACGGCCUGCUGCCCCUUGUGCGAUGGCUGCCUUUACGAGGGUCAGGAGUACGCCAACCGAGUGGUCUUCACCCCGCCCUCCGAUCCCUGCCGGCGCUGCAGCUGCCUGGGGGGCAACGUGAUCUGCACCCCCGUGCCGUGCCCACCGGCCCUGUGUGCCAAACCCAGCCGAAAGCCUGGCGAAUGCUGUCCGCGGUGCCAAGUGUGCCAGCACGGAGGCCGGGAGUAUCUUGAAGGCACCCAAUGGCUCUCGGCUUUGGACCCUUGCCAGGAGUGCUUCUGUGGGCCUGGGGGUGAAGCCUCUUGCCAGCCGGUGCCCUGCGAAGCUACGCUCUGCUCGCACCCAGCUCCGGGCCCCUGCUGCCCCCUGUGCCAUGACUGCCUUUUCGAAGGGGACCACUAUGCCCACGGGCAGGCUUUCCAGCCGGAGUCAUGCCUGCGGUGCCUCUGCCAGGACGGCAAUGUCCACUGUGAGGUCAUCGCCUGCCCUCCUGCCACGUGUGCCCACCCAGUGACGGAGCCUGGAAUUUGCUGCCCACGUUGCAAAGGUUGCAUGCAGGAGGGCCAGGACCGGCCCGAUGGCAGCAGCUGGUUUUCUCCUUCGGACCCCUGCCAGGCCUGCCUCUGUGUGGAUGGCGUCGUCACUUGCACCCGGAUCAUCUGCGUGAACACCUGCCCCGCACAGGUGGAGAUGCCCGGGGAGUGCUGCCCGGUGUGUGCAGAUUGCAGUUACGGGGGCCGUAAAUACGGGCCAGGGGAGAGCUUCCAGCCUAGGAGAGACCCCUGUGAAGUCUGCACCUGUCAGCUUAUGUCGGACGGCCAUCCGCACCUCCAGUGCCACCGCAGACGGUGCCCCAGCCUCCUGGAUUGCACCCAGGACCAGAUUCAGGCGCCGGCACCUGGCGACUGCUGCCCCACCUGUGCCCAAGCCCUCAGCAACUGCACCUCCGACCUGCUGGGCAACCAGGUGCAAGCCACGGAGGACCCCUGCCACACCUGUACCUGCCAGGAUCUGACCUGGGUCUGUGUGCUCCGAGGAUGCCCGUCGCUCAGCUGCCCCACCGCCGAACGCUUCACCCCCCCGGGGUCCUGCUGCCCAGUCUGUGACGAAUGCGUGAUUGAGCCUGACGGCCGGCACAUACCUGACGGGGAGACAUGGAAGGACAGCGUGGACAGCUGCGUGUCCUGUUCGUGCCACCUGGGACACGUCGAGUGCCACAUCCAGGAGUGUCUGCCCUUGGUGUGCCCGGAUGGCCUGGUGGAGGCGCGGGUGCUGGGCCAGUGCUGCGCCGAAUGCCGAGAUCCCAGCCAGAACUGCUCCCACCUGAGCCAGGUGUUCCAGUCCAGCCAGCGUUGGCAGGUGGACGAAUGUACCUCCUGCACCUGUAUCUCCAACCAGGUGCAUUGUCGUCGUGAACGUUGCUCCCUGCCUGCCUGUGCUGCGGAUGAGACUCCGGCCCUGAUCCCCGGCGUGUGCUGCCCCCGCUGCGUCCCACAUCCCGCCACCUGUGUGGCCUUUGGUGACCCCCACUACCGGACAUUCGACGGCAAAAUGAUCCACUUCCAGGGGAGCUGCAUGUACGUCCUGUCCCAGGAUUGCCAUGGGGGGGACUUCAGCAUCCAUGUGACCAAUGAGGAUCGUGGACGCCCGGGCGUGUCUUGGACUAAGGAGGUGACUGUGCUGAUCGGGGACACCACAGUGCAGUUGCUACAGGAUGGUGUGGUCAUGGUGGACUCCCAGACCAUCAACCUCCCCUUCCUGAAGGAGCCCCAUCUCUCCGUGGAGCCAAAGGGGAGCACCCUGCUAUUGAACACCAACAUCGGUGUCAAGGUGCUCUGGAACGGCCGCUCACAUCUGGAAGUCAGUGUGCCCGGAACAUACAAAGGGCGCCUGUGUGGACUUUGCGGCAACUUCAACAGCUUCCCCCAGGACGAUCUGCGGAUGCGGUCAGGGCACCUGAGCCUGUCGGAGGCAGCUUUUGGGAACAGCUGGAAGGUGGCCGCCGCCAACUCUACAGGUUCAGACCGCUGCGCCGACGCCCUGGAUGCAGAUCCUUGCAAAGGAUCCGGCUACCGUUCCCGCAAAGAGGCCAAUGCCCGCUGCAAGGUGCUGAAGUCACCCCCCUUCGAGCGGUGCCACGCUGCCGUUCCCCCAGAGCCCUUCUUCGCUUCCUGCGUCUAUGACCUCUGCGCCUGUGGGGCUGCGGGCUUGGACAACUGCCUCUGCGAGGUCCUGGAGGCCUAUGCCAGCCAGUGCCGCCAUGCUGGCGUGAUGGUCCAGUGGCGCUCACCUACCCUCUGCGCGGUGGGCUGUCCCCAAGAGCGGGGCUACAUCUUCGAUGAGUGUGGACCCCCCUGCCCCAAGACCUGCUUCAACCACGCUAUACCCCUGGGGGUGCUGGAGUCCCACUGCUUUAAGCCCUGUGUGCCAGGUUGCCAGUGCCCAGCAGGUUUCGUAGAGCACCAGGCCCACUGCAUCCUCCCAGAGGCCUGUCCUUCCAUCGUCCACGGCACCCUCUGA